AACGAACCGCUCCCGUGCGCAGAGCGCGCAACCCGACGAGCUCGCACGCCACGCCAUCGCGUCUCGUCAAAAUCUAUCUCCUCCUGCGAAUCCAAUCCGAUCUUCCGCCACGAGAGCUCGCUUCGCCGCCACCGCCGCCGACGACGACGACGGCAACGAGGAGGAGAGACAGUAGCGACGGUCCGAGACGGCCCGGGCAAUGAAGGCCGCCGCCGCCUCCGGCGGCGGCGGCGGUGGCAAAGAGACCCUCGUGGCCUCCAUCCUCCGCUACAUCAUCCUCUUGAUUCUUCCCUUUACGGUCAUCUACAUCUUCUACACCCUCCACGCCAUUCUCUCCUCCACGCCCUCCUGCCCGCCUGAUCGCGCAGUCGCCACCACCUCCGUGUCGCUGUCCCACCUCUCCACCCGCAACCAUACGCCAUCAUCGUUGUCCACGCCGCCGGCUGCCCCGGUGUCGACGGCGACAACCCUACAACAAGUGGUGUUCGGCAUUGCGGCGUCCGCGCGGCUGUGGGAGAAACGGAAGGAGUACAUCGGGAUCUGGUGGCGCCCUAACGCCGGAAUGCGCGGGUUCGUGUGGAUGGAUGAACCGGUGCAGGAGUCCAGCGUGCCGGCUGGGCUGCCACCCAUCAAGAUCUCGUCGGACACCUCCGGCUUCCCUUACAAGAACCGCCGCGGCCACCGCUCCGCCAUCCGCAUCUCCCGCAUCGUCUCCGAGACAUUCCGCCUCGGUCUCCCGGGCGUGCGCUGGUACGUCAUGGGCGACGACGACACCGUCUUCUUGCCAGACAACCUCAUGGCGGUCCUCCGGAAGCUCGAUCACCGGCAGCCAUACUACGUUGGGUACCCUUCCGAGAGCCACCUGCAGAACAUCUACUUCUCGUACGGCAUGGCGUUCGGCGGCGGCGGGUUCGCCAUCAGCCAGCCGCUGGCGGCGAGGCUGGAGCGGAUGCAGGACGCCUGCAUCCACCGGUACCCGUCGCUGUACGGGAGCGACGACCGGAUCCAGGCGUGCAUGGCGGAGCUGGGCGUGCCGCUCACGAGGCACCCGGGGUUCCACCAGUACGACGUGUACGGGGACCUCCUCGGCCUCCUCGCCGCCCACCCGGUGGCGCCGCUCGUGUCGCUGCACCACCUCGACGUGGUGAGGCCGCUCUUCCCCACCGCGCGGUCGCGGGCGGCGGCGGUGCGGAGGCUGUUCGACGGGCCGGUGGCGCUGGACUCCGCGGGGGCAAUGCAGCAGUCGAUAUGCUACGACGCGGGCAACCGGUGGACGGUGUCCAUGUCGUGGGGGUUCGUGGUGAUGGUGUCGAGGGGCAUGAUCUCGGCGCGGGAGAUGGAGAUGCCGGCGCGGACGUUUUUGAACUGGUACCGGCGCGCGGACUACAAGGCGCACGCGUUCAACACGAGGCCCCUGGCGCGCCGCCCCUGCGAGAAGCCGUCGCUCUACUACCUCUCCUCGGCGCGGCGCACGGUGGCGCGCGACGGGGAGACCACCGUGACGACGUACCAGCGGUGGCGCCACCGCAACGACGUCCGGCCGCCGUGCCGGUGGAAGAUCACCGACCCGGACGCGCUGCUCGACACCGUGGUCGUGCUCAAGAAGCCUGACCCCGGCUUAUGGGACCGGUCUCCAAUGCGAAACUGCUGCAGGGUGCUGUCCACUCCCAAAGGACAGGAAGGAAACAAGACGAUGACCAUAGACGUGGGUGUAUGCAAGGAUUGGGAAUUCAGUCAAGUAUAAUCCAUUAGAUGGACAGAAGACAGAAGUGCAUAGGUGAUUCAUAUUUCUUCUCCUUUUCUUGUAUCCAUGUAACAGUAGGAUGACAACUUUCUUCAAGAGUAAAGGCACAUGGGAUUCAAACAUGAGCCAUGAUUGCUCUAUUUACACUCCCAUGCCAAACCAGAAAAAUUAACCACUUGUUGCCUCUUGUUGCCGUAAAAGUGAAAAGAAUAGAACAGAAAACUAUAAUGUGCUCGCAUAUUCAGGAUUCAUAUUGCUUGAUGGUGCUGGCAGCUUUCAAAAGAAUAUCUUGUUCUACAGAUGUC